AUGACUACGGAAAUUUUGGAAGGUUCUACCAUGAAAGGGUUUAUUGAUCCAUAUUUUUUUAUUACUCCUUUCGGGCUAUGGAAACUUUGGUCUUUUAUUGACGUACAUGCUGGACCAGGAUUCUUAAAAAAGGACUGCUUGUACUUUUACAAGGAAGGUCUACAAAACAUUUGUAAAUCAUCAAAGUUUGACGACGAGCAAAAGACUAUGGCAAAAAAUCUAAUUGAUACUUAUAAAGCGGACAAAAACAGGCUUAAAUUAUUAGCUAACACUGCAAGGUCCGCAAAUUCCACACUUUACACAACAUUCACCCAAGCUGAUGUAUCCGUUAGUUGUUAUAAAACACCAGAAAAACAGAUCACAACAGAUCAUGAUAUCUCACCAAUUGAACCAAAUCCUUUUAUCGUUGAAUCAUCACAAGGAAGAAAACAUGAUCUAGAGGAUGAAAGUAAUUCUGAAGAGGAGUAUGACGCGGAACAAAUAAUUGUAUGCGGAAAAAGUAUUAGUUGGUUAGUUGAUGGGAUUAACAUCCGUGACAAACUUACGGAAUACCAGGAAAUAGGUCUACCAAAAAUGAGGCCAGAAUACUAUGAUGUAAUACUUUUUACUGAUAAAAAUCAAGACAUGUUUUUGGGGGCGCUGGAAGAAAAUAUUGUUGUGCAGAUGCAUAAUGAUAUAAAGAGAAAUGAUGAGGGAACAAAAUGUGAUAUUGAAGAAAACAUUAAAUCAUUUCUGAACAACAUUAUUGUUCGUGACAUAAACAAAACUAAGGAAAAUCUUAAAUUACGGAAGAAUGUUGAGUCAUUUGAGAAAGAUUUUGCUUUGAUUGAACUUAUGGAAGAUGUUAAUGUGCUUCUCGAAGAUAUGUCCGAAGGGUCGUUCAUUGUAAUGGUUCUAGCGCCAAUUCUGAAUAAAUUUUUUAUGAGAAAUAAGAAGAUCUGGUACCCAAAAUACGGGGAAACAUGUCUUAAGGCGAAUGCUGAAGAUCAUAAUUCUCAGAAAACGGAUAAUGAACGACGUUCUCCUGGCAAGAAGAUUGACACGAUCAUUAUAUUAAAGGAAGAUAAUGAGGAGUUCUCGGUUACAGAAGUCAGCGGUCCCCCAAAUAAAAAUGAUUGGUCGCACUUUGUUGGAGAUCGGCUGAAAAUAGCUAAGAUGUUAAAAACAUUGAUGAAUCGAUUCGCAAAGCUUCGCCCAGGUUCCGAUAUUAGAAUGGUUAGACUAUACGGAAUGCAGUUAUAUUUAUGUCAGGUUAUCAUAUAUGAAUUUCAACUUAAAUAUUCUGAAAUAUACACCAUGGAAGAAGUGUUGAAAUUUCCUCUUCCAAAAACUUGGAAAGAUAUGAAAAAUGCUCACGAAAGUAUAAUCGGAUUCUUGAGAUAUGAGCGCCUAUUAUCCGAAAGUUCGACAUCUAUAGGUGAUUUUUUGUGGACAGAUGGCGAUGGCGAAGCUUUUCAGGGUAUGACAACUCGGAUGAUCCAUUCUCCUAAAUCUAAACGUACUAAUAAGAAAAUACGAGUUUAA